GGUAAACAAGACUACUGUCAUGCUGCUCAUUUGACGGCACUCGGCCCGGCGCCCCGGCGGCACGCUAUUGACGGCUGUAAUGCUGUGAGCAGGACGACUCCAUCAGGAAUUGAUCGAUUCCGCGGCUGCGGACACGCGCAUCGGCUCUGUGGCAGCAUUUCUCACAUCUGUCUCUCGGAGAGCAAACCUUCCAGCAGCGCGGCGCCGAAGUCAUUCUUCGCUGCCGUCCGCAAGAUCGACGCAUAACACCGACGUGCCGUCGCUGCCGCUUCGCCUCGCGCCCAACCGCUCCAUAAGCGCCGCGCGCCCGCCGCACGGCUAAGCACAGCAACGAAUCAUGGGCUUCAACCUCUGCUGCUUCUGCGUCACCGGCCCGGUCAAUACAUUAGAUCCGGCGGCGCAGAUCGUCGCCUACGAGAGCACGAAGAAGCUCCAGGAGGACUUCGCCGAGGGCCGCAAGCUCGGGGAGGGCAUGUUCGGGAAAGUCAUCUUGAUGACGCGCAAGAGCGACAAUAAGACCUUCGCGACGAAGGUCAUGAAGAAGCACAUGUCCAUCUCCGACAACAACGAGGUGUUCCCGGCGCCCGCGCCGUCGUCGCUCCUGCGAGAGGUUAAGAUUCUGCGGAAGCUCGGCGGGAAGAAGCAGUGUCUAAGGCUGGAAGUAGCUAUAGAAACGCCUCGAGAUUUCUACGUGCUGACGGACGUGUGCGCCGGCGGGGAGCUGAUGAAGCACCUCGAGCGGUGCGACCAGUUCGUCGAGCAGGACGCGUCUCGGUUCUUCGCCCACUUUUGUGGUGCUGUCGCCCACUGCCACGCGAACCAGAUCAGCCACCGCGACAUCAAGCCCGAGAACUUGCUCGUGACCUUUGAAAGGGGAGGUAGGGCGCGCGUCGUCCUGGCCGACUUCGGGAGCGCGGUCGAGUACAAGAAUGACACGCGGUGGCGGAGCGAGGUCGGGAGCCCCUUCUGGCAGUCGCCCGAGGCCUGGGCGCUCGUGCGUUCCCGCGUCCCGUGUUACGCCAUCGACGCCAUCGCCGCGACCGCUUUUUCACGCGCAGGACUGGGAUUACCGGGGCGACGUCUACUCCUGCGGGGUCGUGUUGUUGGUGCUCACGCACGGCAUGCUCUCGGCGGGCGAGAUCCGAAGCCUGCACGGCGCCGGGCUGAACGGGCUCCUGCGCUUCCGGAAGACGUACGGUAAAAAAGAAGACAAGCAUUCGGACACGUUGAUGGAGCUGUUGGAAGGACUGUUACGACCGGAACCUGCCCGCCUCACGGCUCAGGAGGCCUUGGCGUCGCCGUGGCUGACGCAACCCAGCGAUAGCUCCGCGACGAAGAAGCUGCCGAACCCCGCCGCCGCCGCGUUGGCGCUACGAGCGUUGGAACGCUCGGCGAAGACGUGCGUGGCUCUGCUGGAGGACGCGCCGCGAACCAAAUUGAGGGAGGCGCUGACGCGCGCGCCGACUCCGGGGCUGCCCGCGAACUGCGCCCUGUUGGGCGAUAUCGUGCGUGCAUUGGACGCGAAGGACGAUAGUGCAGCCGCCGCGACAUUGCGAGCUUUGCAUCCGGAUCCCGACCUUGUACUAGUGCACCGGCCGCUCGCCUUGGAGGCGUCCUACGUGCGACAACGAGCCGAGCAGAAGCAGAAGAGUGCCGCCCUCGUGAAGAGGCGGUCGCUCCCGCUCAGCGCGCCGAAACGCCUCGAAAGGAAGAACCUGUCGAACCCGGACCUGCGCGCCUUCUUUCCGUCGACGUUUGAAACCGUGGGGCGGCGCGACGCCCCGGGCGCGACCGACGACGCGGCGAACAUGGACGGUACUUUUUAUAGCUCGGAGGCGCUGAUGAUGGACGCGUCGGCCGCGAGCAAAGUUUCCCACGAGUCGUCCGGCGUCGACGACUCGCUCCACGGCCUCCAGACGCCCGUGGCCCGCGCCGGGUCGCCGGGCCAAAUCACGCCGGUCGGCUCCGAGGCGAGCCUGGGGGACAUCUCACCCACAGAGUGUGACGCGCCCCCCGGGGGCCGCGGUGGCGUGCGCAGCCUGGGGGACAUGCCGGGGAAGGAGGCCUGAUGACGACGUGUCGUUGUUGAUUUAACUUUAUUGUACAUAGU